GAUGCAGAUCCCAAUCGCGGCGCGGCGCGUGAAAACCCAAACCCAGCAGCAACGCACGCGCCGAGCACAAGAAGAAGGAAGCGGGGAGAAGAAGAAGCCGAGGGAGGGGAAGGAGAAGGAAAAGCGCACCACAAGGCACAAUCCCUCUCGCCGCCGCCGGGGAAGACGGAAGGGGAAGGCAUCGGGGCAGAGAGAGAGAGAGGGAUGGCGUACAGGGCGGAGGACGACUACGACUACCUGUUCAAGGUGGUGCUGAUCGGGGACUCCGGGGUGGGGAAGUCGAACCUGCUCACGCGCUUCACCCGCAACGAGUUCAGCCUCGAGUCCAAGUCCACCAUCGGGGUCGAGUUCGCCACCCGCAGCAUCCACGUCGACGACAAGGUCGUCAAGGCCCAGAUCUGGGACACCGCCGGCCAAGAGAGAUACCGGGCUAUCACCAGCGCGUACUACCGUGGAGCAGUGGGCGCUCUCGUUGUCUACGAUGUCACGCGGCACGUCACCUUCGAGAACGUGGAGAGGUGGCUGAGGGAGCUCAAGGACCACACGGACGCCAACAUUGUCAUCAUGCUUGUGGGAAACAAGGCCGAUCUGCGCCACCUUAGGGCUGUCCAGUCUGAGGAUGCAAAGGCGUUUGCCGAGAGAGAGAACACAUUCUUCAUGGAGACAUCAGCCCUGGAGGCGAUGAAUGUGGAGGAUGCCUUCACCGAGGUGCUCUCCCAGAUCUACCGUGUAGUGAGCAAGAAAGCUCUCGACAUCGGUGAUGACCCUGCUGCUCCUCCCAAGGGGAAGACCAUCAGUGUCGGCUCAAAGGAUGAUGUGUCCGCCGUGAAGAAAUCCGCCUGUUGUUCGUCUUAGCUCGGGAAGAUAGAAUAUACAUCAGUAGGAGGAUACUAUGUUAUUGCAAUCGUAGUCCUCUUUUGUAUUCAUUCAUGUGCUGUGGAGUCUGCCUUAUUCACUUUUGCCAUUUUGAUACAUUAAUUCGUUCAAGACUAAAGGUUUGCUGGUACAGUUUAGGGAUAUGGAAGUGUGAGGUUAUCAUGAUUUUCAUAUAGGCCUUUGCUCGAAUGUUUUUACCUCUUGAUAUGCUUAUUGCUGAAGCUGUCUUCACUUGUUAAAAUUGCCCUGCAUGUAUGUGGUGAGUUGCAACAUAAUUUUCUGUCA